ACAGGCAGAGAGGUGUUUGACUGGAUCUUAGAUCAAGGAUACUACUCUGAGAGGGACACCAGUAAUGUUAUGAGGCAGGUGUUGGAAGCUGUAGCUUACCUGCACUCUCUGAAAAUUGUCCACAGAAAUCUUAAGCUGGAGAACUUGGUGUACUUUAAUCGUUUAAAGCACUCCAAAAUUGUUAUCAGCGACUUCCAGUUGGCAAAACUGGAAAAUGGACUCAUUAAGGACCCAUGUGGGACUCCAGAAUAUCUUGCUCCUGAGAUGGUUGGGAGGCAGAGAUAUGGCCGUCCUGUGGACUGCUGGGCCAUAGGUGUCAUCAUGUAUAUACUUUUGUCUGGAAACCCUCCUUUCUAUGAUGAUGCUGAUGAAGAUGAUGAUCGUGAUAAGAACCUUUUCCUAAAGAUUUUGUCAGGGGACUAUGAAUUUGAUUCACCAUAUUGGGAUGACAUUUCAGAUUCUGCCAAAAACUUGGUGGCAUCUUUGAUGGAAGUGGACCAAGAUCAGCGAUUGACUGCACAGGAAGCCAUUGCCCAUGAAUGGAUUUCUGGAAAUGCUGCCUCAGACAAGAACAUCAAGGAUGGCGUUUGUGCACAAAUAGAAAAGAACUUUGCCAAAGCCAAGUGGAAGAAAGCUGUUAGAGUGACCACCCUCAUGAAGAGACUUCGAGCGCCUGAGCAGGGCGAUUCUGGGGCCUCCGGUUCAGCAGCUGACCCCAACACACCCAGCGGCGCUCCUGCUCCUCCAGCCGGCAGCAGCGAUAGUGUUGCCGCCAGCAUAAAGGCUGCUCUCAGUGAAAAGGCUCCUGACACACAGACUGCCACCAUCUCUGCACUCUCCCUGCCCAGCGCAGCCAGACAGGAGGAGCAGACGCAGGCACGGUGCAAUGGCGACGUUCCCCAAAUGUUGCCACAAAGAAAGGGAGACUAGGCAUCAAACAAAUACAAGAGGAGGACCCUGCCAGCCAACAAGCACAUGUGCAGUAGAGCCAAUUAAUUUGGCAUGAUGAUACCAUGUCUAUGCUGUUCGACUAUCCCCCAGUUUGCAGAAUUAUUUCACGACACCAUGCAUUUCAUCAUUUUUGCCUCCUGUACUGAUUGGUCUAUUGAAUAGUGUUCUUCACUCUCCCUUGUUAUUUUGUGUACAAGUCCCUUUAAAGCUAGUUGCAAAGUAGCUCUUCUGUUGUUUCCUUUUCCCUGAAAACUGUAAAAAUUCUUAGUGUAAUUUAGUGAAAUCAACUCAUCUUUACUCAUCAGCUCAUUGUAUAUAGGUGUAUUCGUCUGUUUUGCUAGUUUUAAGCUUCAGAACUUACAACCCUAAGUUCAUGUCUUGUGACUUAAAAUUAUGAGUUGAAAGAUUUGGUAAACUGAUCAUAUUAAGAUUUGAAAAUAUUUAUUAUAUAUAACUUCAAACUUAGCUAUGCUGAAAAUUUCUAAAAGGUAUAACACCUAUGACACACUGUCAAGUUAUUAGGUAACAAUCAGAUUUAAUUUAACACCCAGACUAGAUAUCUGCUGGUUUAUCUUUUGUGCAGUACAACUUCAGUCAACUUACAAUUUUACGGCAGCAAGAAAGCAUAUUUUUAAGUUUAAGUGCCUUAAUAUUUGUUGCAGUAAUGUACUGAAAUGUUUUAAAAGAAACAACUUGUUUAUAAUUGCUUACCGAUUUCUUUGAAAUGUUUUAGCUGUUUUCCUUUGCCCUUCUGUUUAGUUUAACGCUUCUGUAUUUAUACUUGUGUUCUGUCCUCUUUCACACUUCAAUUAAAACACAAAAAACUAAAUUUAGAGCAUUGAAUGUGCAGUGAUGUUUUAGCUGUUGUUGUUGUGUUGUCACUUGUAAUUAGUAAAUUUCAGAGUUUAUAGCUGAGUCCAUAUACUGUACCACUAUGUAUAUUUGCAUUGUAUACAUGUGUAUUUUUUUAUUUAUGUGUGUAUUCAGCAACAUUUAGCUGAGCUAAUAGGUUGCUAUAACGCUUGUGAAUGAAUAA